AUGAAUUUGAAAUUAGAAUAUGGACCAACACUUAAAUAUCCAGAAAGAUUAGUUUAAUUAGACUCUUUCACAAUAAUAGGAAUUUAAAGAAAUAUUAUCCAAAAAGAUGAAGUGGAUCCAUUAAAAGCUCAGAUUGGAAAAACCUUUGAUGAAUACUAUUCAAAGUAACUCUAUGAUUAGAUUCCAAAUCGUUUGCAUCCAAUGAGAACUCAUUGCUUAUAUUUUGAAUUGUCUGAUGGAUAGGAUUGGUUAGAAAUGAAAUACAAAAUUGUUGUUGGAGAAUUGGUAAGUGAAGUUACUAAUGUACCAGAAGGAAUGGUUAGCAUGUAAGUUCCUGCUCAUCGUUUUUGUCGUUUUGAUUGUGGCCCAGGUCCAAUUCCAGAUGUAGUCAUUGAAGCUUGGCAAACUUUGGGCAAAUUGAAUCCAUAAGAUUUUGGAGAAGAUCGCACUCAUGAUUUUGAAUUGGAAGUGUACCCAGAGGAUCAAUUAGAUAGAAAUUCAAUGAAAUUUCAAUUAUAUAUUGGAAUUUAAUGA